UGUGCAUUUUGGGUAGGAAUGUGCUUUUAAGUUAUACAACUAUCGUGCUCUAUUUAGCUGCAAGAUGUGUCUUGUUACCUUCUUGGGAGUUCACAGGUUAUUUGACAUUCCCUUGAGCUAUAAAUUAUGGGUAUAUGCUUACACUAGUGUGGUUUAUUUAAAAAAAAAAAUACUGGCCACCUUGAGAGAGAGAGACUUCUUUGUGCACGAAACCUUUAAAUUGUGGGCAGACAGUUGCUUGUUUCUUUUGCUUUUUUGGACUGAGUUGCUUCAGGAUCUUAGUCCGUGUUUCACCAUGAAGACUGUCAUCCUUCUUCUAAUGUUGAUCUGGUGCAUGGGAGGAUUGGGACAGAAACAGACACAAAAGAAAAGGAGCAAUGGUGAAGAAAUCCAUUUUCAGACUAAAGUCAAAGACGCUUGCACAAUGAACAUGAGUGGUAAUGGGGAAAUGAAACUCAGAAUUGAAUGCAAAAACCAAGGCAAGUCUUACUGGUGCGAAUAUACUGGCAAACCAUCAAUUUGUCGUCCUUUCAAUAACAACCCAAAGAUUUAUUGGAACCAGAUUGCCCUUGAACUUAGAAAACUCCCAAACGCUUGCCAGUCCACUCUAGUGCUGAAGCCCAGCAUGUGCCAAAAGGCUCCCACAGAUGCUCACAUGAAGCAAGUAGCUUCCAGCAUGAAGCCAAACCAGAAUCCUAGCCAGCAAGCAGAUACAGCCAAUCAGGGGAAAUCAAUCCAGAAACCCUCAGCUUCUCUAAAGCAGGUUAAAGAAACCCAGGCAGGGAAAAGCUCUGCCAAAAAAGCAGAGAGACCUAAACCAUCUACACUACCUCUUGUAAAACCAACACAGCAUGGACAAGGGUCGGAAAAUGAGACUGAAGUAAUGAAGUUGGCACGAGAGCACUGCUGGGAAUCACUGCACACUUUCUGCUCCUACAUCAUCAGCAUCUUUAAAGGUUAAGAAUUGCUUCAGAGCAAAUUUCUUAACAGCUGAAGAGAGUUCCUUACUGGAGUUUCUGUUUAAUACCCUUUUUUAGACUGAGUUUUAGUUUCAAAAUGGGACUAUAAUUAUAAAUCUUGUAGUUACUUUUUUCCUUUGCACUUCUAAAAUUAAACCAUUUUAACAAGUUUUCAAGACAGUCACCAAAGAUGCAUGAAAUUGGAAUGAUUGUACUGAAAUUAAGAUAAACUCUCCUAUAUAAAUUCUUUGAGUCUUCUAGGUAUAGAUAUAAUAUAUAGGAACAUGACUGCAUUUAAUCUGAGAUGCCAGGUUAACUUUGUUUUAAAGUGCUACAUUUUACUA